AUGCUUCCUGCCGGACUCCCGCUAAAUUCCUUCCUUGCCUUCCCCUUCGCGUCCCUGCAGCUUCCCCGCGCGGACGGCGCAUCACAACAGCUGGGGGAUCCCUCCGCUUGCCCGUUGCCGCUGCCGCCGUCACCGCUCACCGCCGCUGCAACGCCUUCCCCUCGCCAACAGCAGUCGCGCUGUCCGCCGCGCGACCUCUCGCUUCUCCGGCGACCCCGCGGGCCGUUCGCGCCCGCGCCGCAUCCGCGCGCCUCUCGUCGCCCUUCACCCGCGCCCCGUCCUCUCUCCGCUUCACCAAGCGCGCGUGCCAGCAGCUCUCCAACCCCCACCUCUUCCCCGUUCCUUCACCUUCGUUACUCAAUUCCUCCCGCCGAACCUCCCGCGUCAGCAGGUCUGGCCGCGUCUUGCGGCCCGGCCGCGCACGCGCUCUCCUCGCCCCCCUUGCUCGCCGCCAUCGGCGUUUUCCUUCGCUGCCGUCCUCGCCGCGCUUCCGGCUGCCCUGACGGCCGUCUUCGCCGCGCUGCCGGCUGCCCUGACGGCCGUUUCCGCCGCUACAACCGCCGUCGCAUCGAACGCGACAGUCUCGUCGGUAGCACUCCCGCUGCUACAGCUUCUGGCGGGCGUGGGGGGCGCAGUAGGAGUGGUCACUCUGGGACUCAUCUGGACCGUACUGGACCCCAAUCAGCGGCUGCCACUGCAGCAGGAUCAGCAGCAGCGGCGGCAGCAGGGGGGGUGACGGUGGUGGGGUACGGGAGCAGCAGUGCGUGGUGGGUGAGUGUGGUGCUGGGGGCGGUUGCAGCUGCAGCUGGAGCGAGUGCGGGCUGGGCUUCUGGAGGUGGGCGAGCAGGGGGUGCUGGCAAGGAUGGGAAUGCUCCAAGGGGUAGCAGCGGCAAUAUCAUCAGCAGCAGCAGCAGCAGGGGAGGUGGGGACAUGUGGAUGGAGGCAGAGGAGCGCAGGCGCCUGCAGGAGUUUGAUGCGAAGCUCAUGGGGAGGCCUCUGCAGCAAAUGGGUAUGCCGUUGCCUAGCAGCCAUGCACAGAGUGGUGAUAGCGGUGACAGUGGGCCUCCAGCAGCAUGGACAACGGAUGACGUGGCAACAUGGCUCACAGCAGAGGGCUUUGCCUGCUAUGCACAGGCCUUCCUUCGCCAUGCUGUCUGUGGCCAGGUGCUGUUGGAGCUGACAGCAGAGGACCUGAGGGAUGACUUGGGGGUGCGCACGCUAGGCGACAGGAAGAGGCUGCUCGCAGCCAUUGCACAGCUCAGACUGUGGUUUGGCACAGGGCAAUCGUGA